AAUACCGGACACGGGUGGCGCUGGUGUCGUGGAGAGUUUGUGACAAAAUAUCCCGCGCAAUUUUUGGAGAGUUUUUUGUUUGGGAAAUUCAACUCCCGGAUGAGUGAAAUGCAAAAAUGCUUUUUCGCGUUGUUAAGUGUUUUAAAUGCAAUUUUUACCAGGUGGACAGUGUGAAAAAAGCCCAGAAAUGGCAAUGCAAAAUGUGUGGAGAGAAUCAAACACUUCAGACGGAAUAUUCAAGAGGAUCAGCUAAGGAUUGCAGGCUUCAGGUACAGAAACUCAAUAUAGCAAAUGCAGAAAAUUCUGCCCAGAGAUACCAAUUUGCUGAAAAGGUACUAUCUGGGGAGAUUCAUCUUCCAGAACCCGCACAAGACCAAGAAGAAUCAGGAUCCUUUGCAGGAAGCUCCAAAUGGGCAGAUUUAUUAGACCAGGAAAGCGAUGAUAAGACUGAGGAAUCAGGAGACACUAAUACAGAAUCAAAGCCUCUGAAAUCGUGGAAAACAACCUACGAAAACAAUGAAGAUUCAACAAGAAACAAGAAGUUUCACAGGGAUUUCUUAUCUGCAAAUAAUUUCAAGGAAACAGACCUUAAGGAUAAGGUUUAUCCCAAAAAGUCAUUUAAUGAAUCAAAUCCACCUUCUUGGAAAGAAUUUUACGGAAAGAAGCGUGAAAGUGCAAAGGAAAGAAAGGAAUUUGAAGAAAAAUCCCGGAAGUUCUUCUCUCCAAGCUAUUCCACUUACCAGAAUCGGGAUAAUAGAAGCAUGCCGCUUCCUAAACUCCUGGAUUAUACACAAAUGCAAAGAGGACGUCAGAAGAAAGUCCAGAGAACUUCUAAAGAAGAAUCUUCGGAUUUUUUGGGGAGUAAUGAAGCAGAACAAAAGCCGGAACUUCUGCCGCCAGCAAAAAGAUACAAGGCGGAAGAAGGAUCUUUUGUAAAGAACCCGAUAGGGACAACAGCAUCAUCCAUUUGGGCCUCUUUCUGUGAUUCCGAUGAGGAGUGAUGAUGAAGGAGAUAAAAAUGAAAAUUAUCAAGGGGGAGAUAUUAGGGUCGGAAGUGAUGUACAGCUGAAAAUAAAGUGCUUGGAAGUCUUUGAAAGUGGGAGUGUCUAAAAAUAAAGUCUUCUCUGUUUAA